AUGAGGGCUCUUGUGCUGGGGUUGGUCUGUUUAGUGACAUGGUCUGGUUCUACAGAGGCUCAGUUUCCUCGAGUGUGUAGCACGGUGGAAGGGAUCGUCUCAAAGCAGUGCUGCCCUGCCCUCGGCUCUGAUCCUGCUAACAUUUGUGGACUUUUAUCUGGACGAGGAAACUGCUCCGGCAUCAGAGUCAGUACCAAACCAAAAUUGGGUGGACCAAUUCGAAUGAGAAACCGAGAUGACCAUGAAAGGUGGCCAACUACAUGUUUUAAUCAAACUUGGAGGUGCUUCAGUAAGUACUGAAAUUAUAAAUUAUAAUGUUGAAAAUGUUAAACUGCACACUUCUAAGAUAUCUGUAUUUUAUUUUAUUUUUUCCCCACGCAUUAAGUAAAUAUAAAAAGUGUAUUAGUAUGUUUUACAGUAUAGCUAUAAGCUAUGAUCUAUAUUCCCUCCCUGUGUCUAGGUAACUUUGGUGGCUUUGACUGUGGCCAGUGUAAGUUCGGCUGGAAAGGACCAAACUGUGACAUGCGUAAAUCCCCAGUGGUGAGGAAGAACAUCCACUCUCUGACUCCAGCUGAGCUCCAGGAGUUCCUGGAUGUAUUGGACCGGGCCAAGAACACCACCCACCCAGACUAUGUCAUUGCCACACAGCACUGGCUGGACCUGCUGGGGCCCAAUGGAACCCAGCCCCAGUUCUCCAACAUCUCCAUCUACAACUUCUUUACAUGGCAGCACUACUACUCUGUCAGAGACACUCCUUGGGGAAUGUGAGCCAUCACACAAAAACAAACAAACAAGCAAACACAAACAAUACAUUAUAAUGACAAUCAUUUACAUGUGCACAAUGUUGAACAAUUCAACUUCUAUGGAUAUGAUUGCACUUCUAAGACUAGAAUGUUUCACCUGUUCUAGCAACUGGACGUUGAUUUCUCCCACAAAGGACCUGCCUUUAUAAAUUGGCACAGAUACCACAUACUCAGCCUGGAGAGAGAUCUGCAGGUAAGGGUGUAAAGGUCAUUUAAUUGUUGUAUUUAUUUACACAAUAUGAAUAUGUACUUGGGAAAAUGUCAGCUUCCUAGAAUGAGUGCAUCUGAAUAAUUUGUCCUCUGCAGAGACUGACUGGCAAUGAGAGAUUUGCUGUUCCAUACUGGAACUUUGCCACAGGGCGGACCGAGUGUGACGUCUGUACAGACUCCUUCCUGAGGGGGCACAACCCAGAUGACUCCUCCCUCAUCAGUAACCAAUCCAGGUUCUCCAAUUGGGGGGUGGUGUGUGAC